CGCAAUUCAGAAAACAUGAAUAAAAAUACAAUCUUAAGCUAAAAUCAUGAGUAAUUCAACGCGUGCCUAUGUCGGCAUGCAAAACAAAUACGACCGCGUCGUGCUGCUCGUUGACAUGGAUUGCUUCUUCUGCCAAGUGGAGGAGAAACAACAACCCCAGCACCGAGGAAAACCCCUCGCCGUCGUCCAAUACAACGCUUGGCGCGGCGGUGGCAUCAUCGCCGUCAACUAUGCGGCACGCGACAAAGGCGUCACGCGCCACAUGCGCGGCGACGAGGCCAAGGCACUCUGCCCCGACAUCGUUCUCUGCCAGGUGCCCAACAUCCGCGAAAAGGCGGACACCAGCAAAUAUCGCGAUGCCGGCAAAGAAGUGGCAAAUGUCCUGCAACGUUUCACACAGCUACUGGAACGCGCCUCCGUCGAUGAGGCCUAUUUGGACAUCACCGAAACGGUCAACCAACGCGUGCAACAGCUCGAAACGGGCUCGCUUGCACUAAAGCCAGAGGAGCUGGUCAAUAGUUAUGCCGUCGGCUACGAAAACAUUGGCGACUAUGUGAAUAAGAUAACAAAGCGCUUUGCCAAUCCCUAUGUGGAUGAUGAGCGUUUUAUGCUGGCCUAUGAUGCCAACGAUUUGCCCGCUGUGCGCCAGAGCGAUCUGCGUCUCCUCAUCGGGGCAUGCAUUGCGGGCGAGGUGCGUGCAGCGGUCAAGGCGGAAACUGGCUACGAAUGCUCAGCGGGCAUUGCACAUAACAAAAUUCUGGCCAAGCUGGUGGCGGGCAUGAAUAAGCCCAACAAGCAGACAAUUCUACCGCUGGCCGAGAUACCCGCUCUGUUCGAUCAGCUACCAGUGGGCAAGAUCAAGGGAUUGGGCGGUAAAUUCGGGGAGACAGUUUGCGAAACGCUGGGCAUUAAGUUUCUGGGCCAUGUGCUGAAGUAUACUGAGAAGGAGCUGCAACGCAAGCUGGACGAGAAGAGCGGCACCUGGCUACAUCAGAUUGCAUGUGGCAUUGACUUGGAGGCAGUCACGCCUCGAUUUUACUCCAAGAGCAUUGGCUGCUGCAAGAAAUUUCCCGGUCGCAACAACAUAACCGGACUCAAGAGUCUGCAGCACUGGCUUGGUGAGUUGGCAAGCGAAAUGAACGAUCGUUUGGAGAAGGAUUUCAUCGAGAACAACCGCAAGGCAAAACAAAUGGUUGUGCAGUUUGUGCAGGAUAUCGGUGGCGAGGAGGUGUCCAGCUCCCGUUCCUCGCCACUCAACCAUUGCGAUCAAGAUACCCUGGCCAGACAAGCACUCGAACUGAUCAAAGCCAACACAAAGACAUUUCUGCGAGCUGGCAGCGAUGCGGCCCUCAAUAAUGCCGUCAAGUUUCUGGGCAUCAGCGUAGGCAAGUUUGAGACGGCAUCGAAUACGCAGAACAGCCUGCAAGCCAUGUUUGCCAAUCAGGCAGCCAAAAAGCGUCGCAUUAGCGUUGAGGAACCAGUGGAGAAGCCAAUUGUCGAGCAGAAGCCGAAGCAAUCCGAAGAGGCGAAAAUGAAAAGUUUCUUUGCCAAUUACUUGCAAACGCACAAAGACGAAAAGAUUGUGAAGGAUAACUUAAUAGUUGAGUCGAGCAGAAGAGCAGAUGAAACUGAAGCUGAAAUUGAGUUGCAAACAAACAAAUCGGAAACUGAUGAAGAUGCAAAUGCCCUGAAAUUAGCUCCGUCACCCAAGAAGAGCUUCUUUGAAGAAUAUAAGCGGAAACUGAUUGAUUCCUCUGUGGCACAGGAGAUCGGCGACGACAAGGCAGGGCCUGUUGCAACGCCACCCGAGUUUAAGGAGAGCUUCUUUGCCAAGUAUCUACAGGAGCAGAAGGAAGUCAACAAAAUAGCAGAGCUGCCAAAUGAGUCAUCCACUGAAGGUGACGACUCCUCCGAUAUGCACGGCUUGGCCGCCGAACUGGAUGACAUCGAAUCAAGUUGUAUUGUUGAACAAGAAGCCAGCACAUCGAAGCGAAAACUUGAGCAAGAAAAUUCCAUGGAUGCACCAGCGCCAGCAAGCGAUUAUAGAAGCAACUACGCUGAGUACGCUCAGCCGGAGCUGCGUACAGAUCUGGUCAAAAUGGUCAACUGCAAGGAGUGUGGUGCACAAUUGCCCGACGAUGUGACGGCACUGCAAACCCAUCGGGAUCAUCACUUUGCCCAGCAACUGAAUCAACAGCUGCGCGAGGAACAACGUGAGGAAAGGCAACGCAGUCGACUAAACGCUACACUUAACACUACAGUUUCAGUUCCUUCACCCACGGCAAAGCCUGCGCCGCUAAAGAAAGCUAAAAAGGCAGCUGGAACGGUUGCAACAACUUCAGCAAAGCCUAUAAACACCAUCGCCAAGUUUCUAGCCGCCAAGCAGCCACUUGAGCCACCUCCGAGCUGCAGUAGUUCACCCCUUGAGCUCUGCCCCGAAUGCAAGACCUACGUGAAAAGUGUCGAUAUGCCGGAGCAUUUGGAUUUUCACAUGGCCAGAAAGCUGCAGCGUGAGCUGAACCAACUGGAAGUGCGCACAAUAAGCACCGCCAACAUCAAGAAGACCUCCCCGCCACCUCGUGCCAAAAGGCAGCUGAACAGUACCUUAAACUCUGCCACGGGAAACAAGUCCAUUACUCAAUUUUUCACUCAAAGCAACUGAGGCUAAUCUGAAGUCAAUCAGAAAUCAUCAUCAGAUGCCGAUGGCCAUAUAAUAAGUUCAAGUAUUAUUUUCUGGAGAAUGUCUGUGCGUUAUCUAUUAAAUAGUUUAGUUCCUAACUGAGAAAACCGUUGCUUUACAGUCUUUGCAAUUAAUUUAAUCAAUUGCCAUCAUGACUUGAAAAGCGAUCCCGCUGCCAUAAUAAAUCAGAAUAAAUAAUAAU